AUGGCAUCACGCGUGUUGGCCUACUGGUGCAGUGCGUCUAUCGUGUUGGCGUUCGUGACGGAGUCCGCGGCGUUUGCCCUCGAGCUUGGAGAAUCAUUCGCGGAGCACAAAAAUGACGGCGUGUGGUUGGUUGAUUUCUAUGCACCAUGGUGCGGCCACUGCAAGAAGCUGGAGCCGGUGUGGAACGAGGUGGCCCAAGAGAUGAAGGCAUCAGGCUCUCCCGUCCGCGUUGGAAAACUAGAUGCCACUGCACAUUCUGGUAUUGCUACGGAGUACGGCGUCCGUGGAUACCCAACAAUAAAACUAAUUAAGGGGGACCUGUCGUACAACUACAAGGGGCCGCGGACCAAGGAUGAGAUCAUCGCGUUUGCUAACCGCGUGGCCGGGCCGGCCAUGCGCCACCUCUCUACGCCAGCGCUCUUCGCUCACACACAGAGCCGGCAUGACAUCUUCUUCCUCUACGUGGGUGGAGACUCCAAACUCAAGGAAAGUUUCACGCAGGUGGCACUGGAGAUGGUUGUGAAUGCGUACUUCUUCUCCACGCCGGAGGAAGUGCUCCCCGCGAAUGUGCACGUUCACGAGGCGCCUGCUGCCUUGGUAUUCAAGGAUGGAACGUAUUACGAGUAUGAUGAGUCCGACGACGGUGACCUGGCGACGUGGGUGCGGAGGGAACGCUUCCCCACAUUCCAGGCCAUCGACGGCUACGCCAUGUACGCCAUCUCCGACACAGGCAAGUUGGUGGUCCUGGCGAUCGUCGACCCAAUGAGCACCGAAGAAAAUCACAGCAGGCUCAAAAAGCUGGUGGAAGAUGUUGCGCAUGAAUACCGGGAGCAUUUCCAUCGGGAUUUCCAGUUUGGAUACGUGGACGGGGCAGAGGGCUACAUGAACAACCUUCUGAUGAGUGACGUUGAGGCCCCCAGCCUCCUGGUUUUCAACACAUCGAGCCAGGAGUACUACCUGCCCACCGAGCCGCUGCUCUCCAAUCAGGACCUGCUCAGCUUCAUCAACAACAUCCUGGAUGGCUCCGUGCCUGCCCAUGGAGGGGAUGGCCUCGGCCAGAAGAUUAAACGAAUGCUGUUUGAGCUGAAGGCCACGAUCACUUCCGUGUUCAGGGCGUCCCCGCUGCUGGCCUGCGUCCUCUUCGGCCUGCCGCUCGGGGUCAUCAGCACCAUGUGCUACUGGAUGUGGACGGCAGACGGCGACUACGACGAGGCGGGAGCAGGAGGCGCGGGGGGCCAGCGCAGGGCGCUUGCCGCGGACGAUGACUCGAGCGACGAGAGCGGAGAGGAUGAGCCCCGGGAGGAGGCGGUGCAGGAGGGGGUGCGGGAGGAGGAGGAGGAGGCGGCGAGCAAGGCCGGCGCCGAUGAGAGCGACGAGGCCGAACCCGAGAAGCCGGCCGUCGAGAAAAAGACCGACUGACGUUUGCACAAAACUUUGAAUCUCAUCCGCUCAUGUUAAAUUCCAGUCUAAGAUGAAUUUCACCCCCCCACUCCCGCUCCCUCCCUCCUCGCCUGGGAAACGUGCAGGGACAAGAAUAGAAACACAUGCUAACAUAUGUAAUGAUUGUGUUGUUCGGCUAAGCCGACGUGGGAGAAACCACACCGCUAGCUUACCGACGUCACAGCGACCGACGGCAGCUGCGCAUCGUGGGCACGCCAUCGUACGAGGGUGACGUGUGUUUCUCCUCCGGCGUUUAACAGCCUGGACUGUAAUGCAUUGUUUUGUGUUCUUUGAUAUGAACUUUUAUUUCUGUAGGGCAUGCUUGAGUGCUAGGAUGGGGGGGGGGGGGGGUGUUGGAUAACAUUGGUCAAGACGGUUGGCUAAUUCCUGUGGAUAGUGUUGCUACAAGUGGGUCGUCAAAAGAUAUCUUGAAAAGUAGUGAACUAGUUGGACCAACUUAUGUUAGGCAUCAAUGUGAGCAGUUGCUAUAUUGGGAAUAACUGUGAGUGUACGUGGCUUGAAUAUUUCAUUCUCAGAACGUUUUUGACUACCUAGCCGCGCUCUUGAGCUGCAUUUUGUUUCUUGGAAGUUGAACAGGGGACUCUUCAUCACACUGUAACACAUUGGCAACGGGUGAGGUUUCAAUUAGUAAAUGCAAAAUUGGAUCACCAUUUCCAGAAUCUAUAAGCGGGACUAGUCAAAUGGGCUCCUGCCAAACUUUUGUUCAUUAAAAAUGUAAUUUGAAUGGAA